AUGGGUUGCUCUCGGCAAACGAGUCGAAACAGAGCACUCUCCUCUGUUUCCACACUUGUCCUAUGUUUCGUCCUAUGCAUCUCCGAGCCUUCGAACGUCAAAUCUUCACCGGUUUUUGCCUGUGACGUCUCCGGAAACCCUUCCCUCGCCGGGUUUGGAUUCUGCAUCACGGGUUUGAAGGCUGAAGCCCGAGUCACCGAUCUUGUCGGAAGAUUGACGUUGGAGGAGAAAAUCGGUUUUUUGGUGAGCCAAGCCAACGGUGUGAGCCGUCUUGGGAUUCCGGCUUACAGCUGGUGGUCGGAGGCACUUCACGGCGUCUCUAAUCAAGGAGGUGGUGUUAAAUUCUCCGACCAAGUCCCUGGCGCCACUAGCUUCCCUCAAGUCAUACUUACCGCUGCGUCCUUCAAUGAAUCUCUGAUCCAAGCCAUUGGCAAGGCUGUGUCGACGGAGGCGAGGGCAAUGUACAAUGUGGGAUUAGCCGGAUUAACGUUUUGGUCACCGAAUGUAAACAUAUUUCGAGACCCUAGAUGGGGAAGAGGACAAGAGACUCCCGGCGAGGAUCCUACGCUCACAAGCAAAUACGCGGUGGCUUAUGUUAAGGGUCUUCAGGAGACUGACGGCGGAGAUCCUAACCGUCUUAAGGUCGCCGCUUGCUGCAAACACUACACCGCCUAUGACGUUGACAAUUGGAAAGAUGUCCACCGUUUCACUUUCAACGCCGUGGUGAACCAACAAGAUAUGGAUGAUACGUUUCAACCACCGUUCAAGAGCUGUGUGGUUGAUGCCAAUGUUGCUAGUGUCAUGUGUUCUUACAACCAAGUUAACGGUAAACCGACAUGCGCUGAUCCUGAUCUGCUUUCCGGUGUGAUCCGCCGACAGUGGAAGUUAAACGGGUACAUAGUUUCGGAUUGUGAUUCAGUAGAAGUGGUGUACAAGAACCAACACUAUACCAAGACCCCAGAGGAAGCUGUGGCCAAAUCUAUAUUGGCAGGUUUGGACUUGGAUUGUGGUAGUUUCAGUGGUCAACAUGCGAUGGAAGCGGUGAAGGCAGGUUUGGUAAACGAGUCAGCUAUCGACAAAGCGAUUUCAAACAAUUUUGCGACUCUGAUGCGUUUAGGAUUCUUCGAUGGUGAUCCCAAGAAGCAGCUCUACGGUGAUCUUGGUCCGAAAGACGUUUGCUCGGUUGAGAACCAAGAACUCGCUAGAGAAGCCGCAAGGCAAGGCAUUGUCUUGCUCAAGAACUCUGCUGGUUCGCUUCCGCUCUCACCUUCUUCGAUCAAAACGCUAGCUGUGAUCGGACCAAACGCCAAUGCCACCGUAACGAUGAUCGGAAACUACAAUGGAACACCGUGCAAGUACACAACGCCGCUUCAGGGGCUGGCGGCAACGGUUUCGGCGACGUAUCAUCCGGGCUGUUCUAACAUGGCGUGCGCAGAGGCGGAUUUAGACUCAGCCACGGCUCUGGCUGCUUCUACGGAUGCGGUUGUGCUCUUGAUGGGCACGAAUCUAUCAAUUGAGAACGAGGACCUUGACCGGCUCGACCUGAAUCUUCCCGGAAAACAGCAAGAGCUUGUGACUCAGGUUGCUAAGGCGGCGAAAGGACCGGUGGUGCUAGCCAUUAUGUCCGGUGGGGGAUUCGACAUUACCUUCGCCAAGAACGACGAGAAGAUCACAAGCAUUUUGUGGGUCGGGUUUCCUGGUGAAGCCGGUGGCCUCGCCAUUGCUGACGUCAUCUUCGGUCGUUAUAAUCCUGGCGGAAAGUUGCCGAUGACUUGGUAUCCUCAGUCGUAUGUGGAGAAGGUUCCGAUGUCGAAUAUGAACAUGAGACCCGACGAAUCAACCGGAUAUCCGGGUCGAACUUACAGGUUUUACGCCGGGGAAACCGUGUACGCCUUCGGAGACGGGAUGAGCUACACUCAAUUCGACCAUCGGCUAAUCAGAGCCCCGCGACUAGUCUCUCUCCGUCUUGACGAGAGCCACCAUUGCCGAUCGUCGGAGUGUCAAUCACUGGACUCGAUCGGACCGCACUGCGAGAGCGCCGCCGAGGGAGGAUCUGAGUUCGAAGUCCAGCUAAACGUAAGGAACGCCGGAGACAGAGAGGGGAGCCACACGGUGUUUCUGUUCACGACGCCGCCGGCUGUACACAGAUCGCCGAUUAAGCAUCUGCUAAGGUUCGAGAAGGUUCGUCUGGGGAAGAAUGAAGAGGCGGUGGUUAAAUUUAAGGUCAAUGUGUGUAAGGAUCUGAGUGUUGUUGAUGAAAUCGGGAACAGGAAGAUCGCUUUGGGCGAACAUCUUCUCCAUGUGGGAAGCUUGAAACAUUCCUUAAACAUUAGGGUCUGA